UUAAAAUUUCUUUUAUUAAACCCAAUGAAUUAACCAAAUGAUUUACCUAGUCAUUGGGAAUUGAACUAGAGUACAAAUUACAAGACCAAAUAUCCAAAAAAGAGUACCCUUUAAGAUUAUAAUCCCAUGACAAAGGAAAGGUGAUGCAAUUUUGCCAAACAGUAAAAAGAACUGCACCAACUGAAGGAGAAAAUAUUGGAAGACUAGCCUUCAGAUUUUGCAAGUGGCUUUUUGCUAGAAGAAUAGACCUGAUAAAGAAGCCUCCACUCCCAACUUGAGCAAUUCAUUUCAUUUCCAUUGUUGCGCUUGUGCUUCGCAAUACCCUUAAACAUGAGAAUUGCAUUCUUUGCUUGGCUUUUCUCUAUUACUCUUCUCUUGAGCUUCGGCAUUAGUACUGUUCCAGUACACAGCCAAUGCCUCAAUGAUCAGAGCUCACUGUUGCUCCAAUUGAAGAACAACCUCAGAUACAAUUCAGCAGUUUCUGUCAAGUUGGUAAAUUGGGCUCAAACAACCGAUUGUUGCCGUUGGAAGGGCGUGACUUGCGACAAAGAGGGUCAUGUUACUGGUCUCAACUUGAACAGCGAAUCAAUCUCAGGUGGAAUCAACCACUUGAGUAGUCUUUUCAGUCUCCAAUUUCUUCAAAACCUGAAUUUGGCUUACAAUAACUUCAACUUCACACAAAUUCCACCCAGUUUUGGAAACCUUACCAGACUGACACAUCUGAAUUUAUCAAAUGCAAAUUUUGCUGGGCAAAUUCCGAUUGUAUUUUCGUGCAUGACAACGUUGGUUACUCUUGAUCUAUCUACCCUGUACUUCCCUGGAGCACCUUCACUGAAACUUGAGAACCCAAAUUUAUUAAAGCUCGUUCAAAACCUCACGGGGCUAAAAACACUCCUACUUGAUGGGGUAAAUAUUUCGGCCCAGGCAAGCCAGUGGUGUGAGGCCAUUUCGUCUUCACUACCUAAUCUGCAAGUCUUGAGCUUGUCCAAUUGCAAUCUAUCAGGUCCUAUUGAUUCUUCUCUCCAGAAGCUUCAGUUUCUUUCCGACAUCCGACUUGGUCAAAACAAUCUCUCUGCCCAAGUCCCGAAGUUCUUUGCAGAUUUGCCGAAUUUGAGAUCCUUGCAUCUCUGUUCUUCCAACUUGCAUGGAAAAUUUCCGGAAAAGAUAUUCCGAGUAUCAACAUUGGAAUCUCUAGACUUGUCGUACAAUGGAUUACUUCAAGGGUUUUUGCCACAGUUUCCUCCAAAUGGAUUCCUUCACACCCUGGUGCUUAGCAACACAAAUUUUUCUGGGACAUUACCAGAUUCUGUUGGUAACCUGAAAAUGCUGUCUAGAAUGGAGCUUGCAGGCUGCAAUUUCAACGGACUAAUUCCGAAUACCAUGGCAAACCUUACUCAACUUGUUUAUUUGGACUUGUCAUCCAACAGUUUUACUGGUACAAUCCCAUCCUUUCCGAUGUCCAAGAAGAUCACAUACAUAGACCUAUCUCAUAAUGCUCUAACAGGUCAUGUUCCUUCCACUCACUUUCAAGGCCUUUCAAAUCUUCUAAAUAUUGAUUUAGCGCACAAUUCAUUCAAUGGGAGAAUUCCUUUGUCUUUGUUUUCACUACCAUUGCUGCAAAAAAUUCAGCUUUCCAAUAACCAAUUUGAUGGUCCAGUUAUUGGAUUUUCUAACGAAUCCUUGCCUUCAUUGGAUAUACUGGAUUUGAGUAGAAACAAAUUACAAGGAUCAAUUCCCUCAUGUUUCUUUGAACUUCGAAGUCUAAAUGUCCUAUCGCUUUCUUUCAACAACUUCAGUGGCACCAUACAGCUAGAAAUGAUCCAGAGGCUCCAAAAUCUCACAAGACUUGAGCUUUCAUACAAUAGCUUGUCAAUUAAUGCAAGUGACAGUGAGUCUAGCUUGUCUUCCUUUCCCCAGCUCCGUAUAUUAAAAAUGGCUUCUUGCAAGCUGCGAAGAUUUCCUGAGCUACAGAACCAACAAAGAAUGAUUAGUUUGGACCUCUCAGCCAACCAAAUUUCAGGGAGAAUACCAAACUGGAUUUGGAAAAUUGGAACUCUGAUGCAGUUGAAUCUCUCUCAUAAUCUCCUGGUAGAUUUGGAAAAACCAUAUAAAUUUCCUAGUCUUUCUGUCCUUGACCUGCAUUCUAACCAACUUCAUGGGGAAAUUCCAAUACCACCAAGGUCUGUUACCUAUGUGGAUUACUCAAGCAACAAUUUCAACUCUUCUAUACCUGCUAAAAUUGGCAACAAGCUCACCUUUUCUUAUUUCUUCUCUCUUUCAAGUAAUAGCGUCACAGGAACCAUCCCCAAAUCAAUAUGCAACGCAAGGUUCCUCAAUGUUCUUGAUUUAUCCAAUAAUAAUUUCAGUGGCAAAAUACCUCCAUGCUUGAUUGAAAGGAGUGCUGAGACUCUUGGGGUGCUGAAUUUGAGAAAUAACAGUCUUGGUGGUAAGAUCUUGGGUACAUUUCCGAAAAGUUGUGCUUUGGAGACACUAGACAUCAACAGGAAUCAUUUGGAAGGGCAGGUUCCCAAAUCUCUUGUCAAUUGCACAGUGUUAGAGGUUUUAAAUGUUGGUAACAAUGAGAUAAAUGAUAGUUUCCCGUGCUUCUUGGGGAACUUAUAUAGCUUGCGUGUAUUAGUUUUGCGAUCCAACAAGUUUCAUGGAGGCAUUCACAUUUGUCGACUAGGCCAUUAUAUGUGGCUAAAGAUUCAAAUCAUUGACCUAGCUUCGAAUAACUUUAGUGGUGAUCUACCAGAUAAAGUCUUCACACAUUGGCAAGCAAUGACGGCUGCUGAUCAUAAUGCAAAAUCAAAUUUCAGUCAGCUGCAGUUUAAGUUCCUAAAACUUAAUGGCUUCUACUAUCAAGAUACAGUGACACUCAACAAUAAAGGGAUGGAAAUGGAGCUAGUGAAAAUUUUAACUAUUUUUACCUCCAUUGAUAUCUCGAACAACAAUUUCCAAGGGGUGAUACCAAAUAGCAUUGGCCAUCUCAAAUCUCUCUAUGUUUUUAACACAUCGCACAAUGCUCUCACAGGUCCAAUUCCAUCAUCAAUUGGGAACUUGACACAGCUUGGAUCAUUAGACCUCUCACAUAACAAGCUAAGUGGGAGCAUCCCAGUGCAACUUGCAAGCCUUACAUUUCUUGCAUUCCUGAACUUAUCAUAUAAUCAGUUAGUUGGAAUGAUCCCAAUAGGCACUCAAAUUCAAACAUUUUCAGAUACUUCCUUUCAAGGAAACAAGGGAUUAUGUGGGUAUCCUUUGAACAUCGUUUGCAACAAUGCCUCACCGGUUCCAUCCCCAGUGUUGAGAUCUGACAGAGUGCCCGUAGUAUUUCCACCCAGUUUAGAGCCCGAAAUCUUUAUAAGUGCUGCUGUUGGAUUUGUGGUGGGUUUGGGAAUCUUCAUUGGGUUACUUGUUUGUUGUAAAGGAUGGAAUGAAUGGUACUUCAAACAUGUUGAACAAGUUGUUGAGAGGAUUUUCCAUCUGGAAGAAAAACGAAGAAGAAGAAAUCGUAGACAACAAGCUUACAGAGAUCCCAUUCGGAGACUUUAGAGGUGGUGGAAGGUUAGAAUAAAUCUUAACAACACUAUAUUAUUGUUUAGGACUUUCUUGAUUCCCUUUUUUUUUUUUUU